CCCAGACUCAAAUCAUUCAUGCUCGCGUACUCCUCCUCAACGCUCCUCACUCCUCAGUAACCUCUGCGUUCCAUCUGUGAAAGAAAGUCGACCGGAGCGCCGCCUGGGAAAAAAAACUUGGUUCGCGGUUUCUGAAUGUUGACUGCAUUGCGGUCAUCGAGUUCAUCAUCUCUCCUCCGCCAGUCAUGGCGUUUAGGUUUUCCAGUUUCCCGCCGCGGUCUUUGUUCUUCGUCAAUCGUCUCGGAAAGCAACGAUGGAGGCGAUAGGAGAAGCUUGCUGGAGCUCGGCGAAGUGGAGAAAAUCCUCAACGACGUGAGAGCCGACGACGUGAAGGUGAUACCGGUAGGAAAACGCUGCGAUUGGGUUGAUUACAUGGUGGUCGCCACGGGGAGGUCGACCUGGCACGUCAAGAACAUCGCUGAAGCUCUCGUUUACAAGGUGAAGCAGAAACAGAAGGGAGUUGAGAGGAUGAUGCUUCCAAGCGUGGAAGGGCAAGAAGAAGGGAAGUGGAUCGUCGUUGAUUCGGGUAGGGUGAUAGUUCAUGCCCUAGAUGAGAAUGCUAGAGCUUACUACAAGUUGGAGAACCUCUGGAAUUCAGACCCAUCGCAGAAGGAGCCAUCUCAGGAUCUAGCAAAGGCUUUUGUGAAGAUAAGACCGAAGAAUAAUUCCAAGAAGAGGGUGCAGAGUACUUGAAUCUGGGGUUCCGUCUUCCCAUAGUUGCUUCUUUCGUGCCAGAAAUGAACCGAGAAAGUCUCUGGUUUGUAAAACUGGAGAUCCUUGGAGAAUUCGAUUUUGUCCUGUUCUAACACAUUCCAGUAGCUGUUGUGGUCUAAUGUAAUUUAGCCCUUAGAUUGCUUUGAAUGACUUUCUCAUAAUCCGCUUUGCGCGCGUAUUCGGCAGUGCCAG